CAUUGGUCAGACAUGAGGCGGUCCAUCUAUCUCCUGUCCUUGAUCUUUCUGAUCUGCUUGACUUUCGCUGAGGGUCAUCGCAUGUUCGGAAAUAAGCGAUGCUUGUGCUCCAGAACACAUGACAGUCUGCGGCCUGGAAACAUCAAGGAGUGGAAAGUGCACAAACCAAGUGCAUCCUGUGACACCACUGAGAUCAUUGUGACUUUGAAGAAACCUCACAUAAAAGUCUGCCUGAAUCCUAAUUCAAAGCAAGGACGCGGACUACAAGAAAAUGAAGACAGCUGAGUGCCAAGUACAUUCUAGAUCCAUCAGAUGACUAUGUCCAAGGUUCGUUUUGUGAUUGUGGAUUUGCAGAGAAAUGGAAAUGGUGUCUCACAAUAAAAGUGAUUUAACUAAAAAAAAAAAUUACAGUAGGGCAUUAGCCAAUGGCAACAGAACCAAUUAAAUGUCUUUAAGAUCCUACAUAAUACUUUUACCUACUUUUACACACUCAAAUAGAUGCAUGCUGUCUGAUUUUUUUUAAUUUUUUUAAAAAUAGAUGAGGAUUGAUCACACUUUCUGAAAAAGGUCUAGGCUAUGACACGCACAAAAGAGCAAUUAAAAAGUAAUUAAUUUUAAAAUUAAACUUUCAUUGGAUUAAUGAAAGUUAAUUACUACAAUUAAGCAUUGUAAAAAAGGAGAGGCAUGAAAGGAAAAGCACAUUUUGCUAUUUUACUGCUAUUUUAACAGCAAAUUAAUGGAAAAAAUGUCGAAUUACAGUGCCAUUAUUUUUUCUUCAUGUUCUGAAGAUUUUAGACAGCCGUCUACUCCUACUCCUACUCUAAAUGUAUUUUUU